AUGUCCCGCAAGACAUGCACUCCGCGAAGAAUCGUCUUCGUGCAUCCAGACCUGGGCAUUGGAGGCGCCGAGCGCUUGGUGAUCGAUGCAGCAGUCGGCCUGCAGAACUUGGGGCACCAUGUCACCAUCUUAACGUCCUACUGCGAUCCGGGACACUGCUUUGAGGAGGCAAGAGACGGCACGCUUGACGUACGAGUUCGUGGAGAUGCAAUGUUUCCUCCUUCUCUUGGCGGACGCUUCAGCAUCUUGUGUGCAAUCCUUCGACAGCUGUCGCUCGUGGCAAGCACAGCACUCGCGUCCUCGGAGCUCAAGCAGUUGGAGCCGGAUGUCAUCAUCGUUGACCAGCUCAGCGCCUGCAUACCCUUCUUCCGCCUGCUUUACCCGAGAGCGAAGAUUCUGUUCUACGGUCACUACCCCGAUCUGCGACUGGUCAAGGAUGAACCCGGCCUACGCAAGCAUGUGAAGCGAUUAUACCGCAUUCCUUUCGAUGCCAUCGAAGGAUGGAGCACGGGUUGUUCCGACAGCAUUGUAGUCAACAGCAAGUAUACGAGAAGUGUCUUCAGAUCUGCUUUCCCGGCUAUGAAGGCGCGCGAUCUAAAGGUCGUUUACCCAUGCGUCGAUACCAGCCAAAAUGCGCCAACUGACAGCGCAUCCGACAUCUGGCCAACCAAAACACUUCUUCUCAGCAUCAAUCGCUUCGAGGGCAAAAAGAACUUGGAUCUUGCCAUCAAAGCAUACGCGGGACUGUCGCCUUCCGAGCGAAGCAAAGCGAAACUCGUCAUCGCUGGGGGCUACGAUCCGCGCAAUGCCGAGAAUGCGCAAUGUCAUAAACAGCUCCAAGAGCUUUCAGAUUCACUGAAAUUGACGCAUGCAACAUUCAGACCGAAAGAUACAGCAUUGACAGAUCUUGCUGCCGCUGAUGUGGACCUACUGUUCCUCCUUUCUAUACCAAAUGAAUGGAAGACGCGGCUUCUGCAAACCGCUGGACUCUUGGUGUACACCCCCACCAAUGAGCACUUUGGCAUCGUGCCGCUGGAAGCGAUGCUCGCCGGAGUGCCCGUGCUGGCAACCAACACUGGAGGACCUCUGGAAACCAUAUAUCACGAUCGCACUGGCUGGCUUUGCAGGCCUGAUAAGGUCGAAGAAUGGACCGCGGUGAUGCGCAAGCCAUUGAUACCAGCAAGUGCCGACAGACUCAAAAAGAUGGGCGAAAGCGGACGAUCGCGUGUAUUAGCGGAGUUCAGUCAGACUAAGAUGGCCCAGGCAUUCGACCAGGAAGUUGAGCAACUAGCACGAAGCACAGCGCCGCGGCCAAAGAUGACGCCGGACUGGUAUUAUCUGUUGAGCGCCAAACGCAAAUCUCGGGAGCAUCGCCUGCAGCGUUGA